AUGUCUUUCAUCGACGCACCAAUCCCCGCAGCGACAAAACUCGCGCAUUACAGGACCCUUUCCCCCAAUGCGGGGAUCCAUGUCUCGCCGCUCCAGCUCGGCGCCAUGAGUGUAGGCGACAAGUGGGAGCAGCUUGGUCUGGGGUCGAUGAACAAGGAGUCGAGCUUCAAGUUACUUGACGCAUUUGUUGAGAACGGUGGCAAUUUUAUUGAUACUGCGAAUGGCUACCAGGACGAAUCGUCUGAGGAGUUUCUUGGGGAGUGGAUGGAGCAGCGCAACAUCCGCGACCAGGUGGUCAUCGCAACCAAGUAUACUUCAAACUACAAGAUUCGCAAGGCCGGGUAUCUUAACAAGGCCAAUUUCGUAGGCAACAAUGUCAAGUCGAUGAAUCUUAGCGUGGACGCCAGUCUCAAGAAGCUUCGCACCUCGUAUAUCGACAUCCUCUAUGUGCACUGGUGGGACUGGGAGACGAGCAUCGAGGAGGUCAUGAACGGCUUGCACAACCUCGUCGUCCAGGGCAAGGUCCUCUACCUGGGAAUUUCGGAUGCCCCAGCCUGGGUUGUCGCAGAGGCCAACCGCUAUGCAAAGGAGAAGGGCAAGUCGCCGUUCGUCAUCUACCAAGGCCGCUGGAACAUUCUCGAGCGGUCUUUCGAGCGUGAAAUCAUCCCGAUGGCUCGUGCUCACGGCAUGGCGCUUGCUCCGUGGGACGUCUUAGGCGGAGGAAGGCUGAGAACUGACGCGCAGGAUCAAGUGCGUCGGAAUACUGGUGAGAAAGGCCGCAUGACUCAGAUGGGCGGAUUUGACUGGGAGCGCAACGAAAACGAGGUCAAAAUAUCUCAGGCACUCGAGAAGGUUGCUGAAGAAGUCGGCGCCAAGUCUAUUCAAGCUGUCGCCAUCGCCUACGUUAUGCAAAAGACGCCUUACUGUUUCCCCAUCAUCGGCGGACGCAAAAUCGAGCACCUUCUCGCCAACGUGGAAGCGCUGGACAUCUCCCUCUCGCCCAAACAGAUCGAAUAUCUGGAAAGCAUCAUCCCCUUCGAGCCGGGAUUCCCCGCGAAUAUGAUUGGUGAUACUACCAAACCAGGCUUCAUCCAUUCUUUCAUCAUGGACAGUGCUGGGGUACUCGUGCGCUCGCCUCACGUUGAGCCUCUUCGCCCUUAG